UUUACGCAUGUGGUUAGUGGUUAAUAGUUAAGUGCACGAUUGGUAUCAUCAAUUCACCAUCCUGAAUCUUUCUCUGUGGUUUCGCUUUUAUACAAAUUUUCGCCUCAAGGAAUAUCGUCUCUACGAAGGGCCUUCACAAUGUGGAUUCAAAUACGAACCAUGGAUGGUAAACGAUCUGCCCAGGUAGACAACCUCAGCAAACUAACAAGGAUUGAUGACCUGAAGAAACGGCUUGUACCGUUGUUUGAUGUAGAACCCGUGAAGCAACGUCUGUUUUACCGAGGAAAACAGUUGGAGGAUGGACAUACAAUAUUUGAUUACGAUGUUGGUCUCAAUGAUAUAAUUCAGUUAAUGGUCCGUGUUGAUCUGCCUGAGUUACAAGCUAAUACCUCGUACAAUUUACCUUGCACAUCAAGUUCUUCUAGCUGUGAUGAGGAAGGACUAAAUGAAAACAGCGAUGUAUCAGAUGAAAAUAAAAAUGAUGUUGUUCAGAGUCAAGAUAACAGCAGUAACCAUGAUCUAAAGGGAUUGUAUAAGGUGAAUGAUAUGGUGGAUGCAAAAGAUUGUGACAUGGGAGCUUGGUUUGAAGCUAAAGUUGUGGGACUCUCAGUUGAUCAAAGUUCUAACCCACCAUCCAUUCUUUAUCAUGUUAUAUAUGAUGGAUAUGAAGAAGAUGAACACACUAAACUACAUGAAAAUAACAUCAGACCCAGAGCCAGUUUAAAGUUAUCAUGGGAGGAUUUAAAUGUUGGUCAGGUCGUGAUGGCAAACUAUAACACGGACGAACCAAAAGAACGAGGUUUCUGGUAUGACGUUGAAAUAACCCGCAAAGAGGAAUCGUCAACACGCAAAAGCAAAAAACUCUUUGCGAAACUAAUACUUUGCCAGGAAAAUGAUAACGAAGUAGCUCAGGAAUGCAAACUGUUGUUCAUAGAUGAGAUAUUCAAGAUUCCGAGUAUUAAAGAUGGGGCUGAAUGCUCUCAAGAUGGAACUUCGAUUGUAAAACGCCAAAACAAACCAGACUGCAGCCAGUGCAAGGAUGAUCCAUUGAAGCUAUGCAAACUAUGUGCAUGCUGUAAGUGUGGUGGCAAAGACGAACCUGAUAAGCAGAUCUUGUGCGAUGAAUGUGACAUGGCGUACCAUAUCCAGUGUUUAAAACCACCUCUCUUGACUGUUCCUGACGAUGAUGAAUGGUAUUGUCCCUCGUGUAAAAAUGACGCGUCAGAGGUGAUCAAAGCUGGUGAGAAGCUACGAGCAAACAAAAAGAAACAGAAAAUGGCGUCCGCAAACUCCAACACCGAGCGCGAUUGGGGUCGAGGAAUGGCAUGUGUUGGAAGGACGAAACAGUGCACAGUUGUACCGUCAAAUCAUUUUGGUGCAAUACCAGGAAUACCCGUCGGCUCUUCGUGGUUAUUCAGAAUUGGUGCAAGUGAAGCCGGAGUCCACAGACCUCAUGUCAGCGGUAUUCAUGGACGUGAUACGGAGGGGGCCUUCUCUAUCGUCUUGGCUGGUGGUUACGAAGACGACUUGGAUAGGGGCGAAGAAUUUCUUUACACCGGUAGCGGUGGUCGAGACUUAUCUGGAAACAAACGCACUGCUGAACAAACGUGUGAUCAAAUUUUGACGAGGAUGAAUAAAGCUCUAGCUAGGAAUUGCGCUGCGCCCUUGUCAGAGAAGGGAAAAGUUACAGCGAAAGACUGGAAAGCGGGAAAACCUGUCAGAGUGAUCCGCAGCAGUAAAUUCAGACGACAUUCGACUUAUGCUCCGGAACAAGGCAACAGAUACGAUGGUUUAUAUAAGGUAGUCGAAUACUGGUCUGAGAAGGGUCAGUCUGGAUAUCUUGUAAGGCGUUAUUUGCUUCGCCGUGACGACGAGGAGCCAGCUCCUUGGACACCAGAAGGAAAAGCAAGAUCUGAAGAACUAGGCUUGACCAUGCAGUAUCCGGAGGGAUAUAAGGAAGCCCAAGAAAAGAAACGUUUAGAAAAAGAAAUGAAGUCGGCUGCCAAAAGUACCAGCAAGAAACGCAAGAGAACAGGUUCAAAUACCUCUCCGCAACAUUCCCCAGCAAAGAAGAAAGCUUACACCAUAGCAAAUGAUAAGUUGGCUCUCAUCAAGGCCGAUACGCAAAAUCAAAAAAUUUGGAAAGAUAUUUUGGCAUCAAAUGACUCAAUUACGGAAUUUCAUAAAAAAGUUGAAGAGGCCUUUCAAUGUAUAUGUUGUCAAGAGUUAGCUUCGAAACCAAUCACAACUGAAUGUAAACACAACACAUGCAAGGUCUGUUUAAAUCGGUCAUUCAAGGCGGGUGUAUUUACUUGCCCAAUGUGCCGUUUCGACCUUGGUAAAGACGCUAAACUUGAUGUUAACACCGCGCUGUCGAAAGCUCUUCAAGAUAUCUUCCCUGGCUAUGACAAAGGAAGAUAGUUACUGUAAACAAGACGGUCUAGAUUUAUGAAAUAGUUAGAAAGCAUGCAGUUCUGCUAUUUUUACGCUCGUCUUCAUAGUUUAGUUCAUAUUUUAGGUUUUAUUUUCACUUAACGUAGAGGGUUGUUUCCAUUAUGUUCAGAAUAUAACUGUCUUGAUAUUUGCAAACGUUUGUACUCUGAGAUAGUGAGUAAUAACUAUAACUAACAGAUAACUAUAUGAUGAUGAUAUACAGGGUGUAUAUGAAAAAUUGCAACACACUAAAUAUUCAUGAUAAUAGUUUUGUAUUCGAUCACAAAAGAUCGAAUAUCAUGAAUAUUUAAGUGUUGUGUUUUUCAAUACACCCUGUACAGGGUUGUAUAAAAACGCAACCUUAAUUAUUUCAAGGACCUACGAUAGAAGAAGCGAAUAUUUAGUGUUGCGUGUUAUUUUUAUACACCCUGUAUGAUAGAUGAGAUAUUACCACCUUUUCAUGCGUAUUUGAUAAUAUAAACGCCAUUGUCGCAUUGUUUAAAUUGCUUACUUACAAAAGGACCGGGAUUAUACGAGUUGAAUAUCUAGUGCCAAAGUUUGUUCUAGUAAAACGGUUAUGAAAAGGAUGGCCGGACUAUAUUUCUAUGGAAAUUUAGUCUUUUUAUCUUGACUAUUUAAAUCAUUACUGUAAAUAUAAGAUAGCUUAAUUUAGUUCCCUUUAGUUGACAUUUAUUUGCGUUU